CCUAGCAUACAAGGCUUUGUCUUUAAAGCUUGUUUCAGCUCCAUACUAUCCAUAUCUCCUCUUCCUUCCUUAAUCUUUAGACUCUUCAGUUUCAUCCAGAUUUUGUCGCCUCCUCUUAAGUGUUUCAAGCUCUGAAACAGCAUGGAUGGUAGACUAACGUUGGCCUGGCUGAUCAUUCUUUUGGUGAUUAUUUCCUUGCACAGCUCGGGAUGGGUUUUAGGGACCUUCCAUGAAAACCAGACUGGUCGGCGGAAGCUCUCGGCCCAGGAAGGGUUCAUAAGCAUCGAUUGUGGGAUAGCUCCGGGCUCUGAUUAUACAGAUGAUGAAACUCAGAUAUAUUACACUUCGGAUGCAAAAUUCAUAGAUACUGGAAUCAAUUAUAAUGUUUCCAAUGAAUACGUUGAUGAGAAUACCGAUCAACAACUCAAGGACAUUAGAAACUUCCCAGAAGGAGACAGGAAUUGUUACGCCCUAGCACCAGGACAAGGCAAGAAUCAUAAGUAUUUGAUCAGGGCUUGGUUCAUGUAUGGGAAUUAUGAUUCCAAGAAUCAACCUCCAGUCUUCAAACUAUAUCUGGGUGUUGAUGAAUGGGCUACGGUGAAUAUAACAAAUGCCUCUGUUAUUAUCAGAAAGGAAAUCAUACACAUUCCGACAACAGAUGACUUAGAUGUGUGUCUAGUAAACGCAGGUUCCGGGACGCCAUUCAUAUCGGUGCUAGAGCUCCGACAGCUUAAUGAUUCCAUUUAUAGUCCAACUGAACCAGGAUCCCUGCUACUCCAUGACAGAUGGGAUUUUGGUACACAAAAAGAGAAGUGGAGCUUAAUCAGGAGCAAAGAUGAUGUUUACGACCGGAUUUGGAGACCAUUCACACAGUCGUCUUGGGAGUCCAUUAAUUCAUCAGUUGUAAGAUCUUCCUUUAGUGUCUCUGACUAUAAACUGCCAGGGAUUGUCAUGGCGACUGCUGCAACACCUGCAAAUGAAAGUGAACCCUUGCGAAUCUCUUUAGACAUAGAUGAUGAUCCUUCUCAAAAGUUAUACAUUUACAUGCACUUUGCCGAGGUUGAGGAAGGCGUGUUCAGAGAAUUUACUACCUUCGUGAAUGAUGAUGAGGCAUGGGGUGGGACUGUGCUUACUACAUACCUUUUUUCCUACACGGCAGAGAGCGACUAUUCCAUGAGCGGAAGUACCACAAAGAAAUUGUCCUUUUCACUAAAAAGAACAAACAGAUCCACGCUUCCACCAAUUAUCAAUGCUAUGGAGGUUUACAUAAUAAAAGAAUUCUCACAAGCAUCAACUCAACAAAACGAUGUUGAUGCAAUCAAGGGGAUCAAAUCAGAGUACGCAGUGAGCAGGAACUGGCAAGGAGACCCAUGUCUCCCAAUGGAAUACCAAUGGGAUGGCCUGACUUGCAGCCACAAUACUUCCCCUGCUAUAAUCUCAUUGAAUCUCUCAUUCAGCAAUUUGGCCGGGAAUAUACUUACUUCAUUUUCGGGUCUCAAAUCUUUACAAAAUCUGGAUUUAUCAUACAACAACUUGACCGGACCAGUACCAGAAUUUUUUGCAGACUUGCCAUCUUUAACAACCCUUAACUUAACGGGGAACAACCUAACAGGUUCGGUUCCACAGGCUGUUAUGGAUAAGUUGAAGGAUGGAACUCUGAGUCUUGGCGAAAAUCCAAGUCUUUGUCAGUCAGCCUCGUGCCAAGGAAAGGAGAAGAAGAAGAGCAGGUUCCUUGUUCCUGUUCUCAUAGCUAUUCCGAAUGUAAUUGUGAUCCUGAUCCUCAUAACUGCCCUUGCAAUGAUCAUCCGGAAGUUCAAAAGGAGAGAAACCAAAGAGAAGUCAGGGAAUUCCGAGUUCACUUACUCUGAGGUUGUGAGUAUCACCAAUAACUUUAGUCAGACCAUCGGUAGAGGAGGAUUCGGACAAGUUUUUCUAGGCACUUUGGUAGAUGGCACUCAGGUUGCCGUCAAGGUGCGUUCCGAAUCAUCAAUACAAGAAGCUAAGGCAUUACAAGCUGAGGUGAAACUCUUGACGAGAGUUCAUCAUAAAAACUUGGUUAGUCUAAUUGGGUACUGUGAUGACGGUACAAACAUGGUUCUCAUUUAUGAAUACAUGUCCAAUGGAAACCUGCAACAGAAGUUAUCAGGGAGAGAAGCCGCAGAUGUUUUGAAUUGGAAAGAGAGACUUCAAAUUGCAGUAGAUGCAGCACAUGGAUUGGAGUAUCUACACAAUGGCUGUAAGCCACCAAUAGUCCACAGAGACAUGAAAUCUUCCAACAUUCUAUUAACUGAAACACUGGAAGCGAAGAUAGCUGAUUUUGGGAUGUCCAGAGAUCUUGAAAGCGGUGCUUUCUUAUCAACUGACCCAGUAGGCACCCCUGGAUACCUUGAUCCUGAAUACCAGUCAGCGGGUUUGAAUAAGAAGAGCGAUGUUUAUAGCUUUGGGAUUGUUUUGUUGGAGCUAAUCACCGGCCGGCCUGCAAUAAUCCCUGGGGGCAUUUAUAUAGUUGUAUGGGUUAGUCCUAUGAUUGAGAGAGGGGAUAUUGAAAGCAUUGUUGAUCCAAGGUUACAAGGAGAUUUCAACACCAAUUCUGCCUGGAAAGCAGUAGAGAUAGCCUUAGCAUGUGUAGCAUCAACAGGAAUGCUAAGGCCAGACAUGAGUCGUGUAGUGGUAGACUUGAAGGAAUGUUUGGAGACAGAGGUGGCUUCCAGGAGAAUUGAGAUGGUAGGUAGCCAUCUAGAAGAUGUUCCCGUGGUUCUUAGCACUGAAUCGGCUCCCCAUGCUAGGUAGUUGUUGGACGCUACUAUUUUCAGUUAGUGUGAUAGAUUUGCUUAAUGUUAGCAUGUGGGAAUAUGUUCAACCCCCUUUAUUUCGAAUUGUGUUCAUCAAAAAUUCUAUAUUGGAUAGUACCAACUUUAA